AUGAGCGGCAAGAAGAGUGAUGAAGGGGAGCAGCCCUGCUUUCGCCUGGAGCCGCUUAAGAACACGCACCUUCCGGGCAAAGCGUCUCCGAAGGUUGACAGCCGUUCGCUCUACAGGGAUGCUCCUAGAGUGACGGCCAACGGGGUGCAUGACAUUGAGGACCGGAUUUUACGCAUCACAGGCUAUUAUGGCUAUUACCCUGGAUACUCCAGCCACAGAAGAGAGGAUGGCUCAGAGUCUCAUGCAGAAACCCCUGCCAGUGAGGCCAGCGGGGAGGGUACGUCAUACCAGACAUGUGCCAACGCUGUUCUCAAGGUCCUUGGAGGCCUACUGUUGGUCCUGUGCGUGUCCUCAUCCUGGGUGGGCACGACCCAGGUGGUCCAACGUACCUUUCAAUCCUUCUCCUGCCCUUUCUUCAUCUCAUGGUUCAGCACCAACUGGAACAUCCUCUUCUUCCCCCUCUACUACUGUGGCCAUGUCGCCACCACCGGGGAGAAGCAGACGCCCAUUCAGAAAUUCAGGGAGUGCAGUCGACUCUUUGGGGAGGAAGGAAUGACUCUGAAGCUGUUUUUGAAGAGGACGGCACCAUUCUCCAUCCUCUGGACCCUGACUAACUACCUUUACUUGUUGGCACUGCGCAAGCUUACAGCCACAGAUGUCUCUGCCCUGUACUGCUGUCACAAAGCCUUUGUUUUCCUCCUGUCGUGGAUCGUUCUCAAGGACCGCUUCAUGGGCGUGCGGAUUGUGGCUGCCAUUAUGGCCAUUACAGGAAUUGUCAUGAUGGCCUAUGCAGACGGUUUCCAUGGUGAUUCAAUCAUAGGUGUGGCUUUAGCAGUUGGCUCUGCAUCCACUUCAGCACUCUACAAGGUGCUGUUUAAGAUGUUUCUGGGCAGUGCUAAUCUAGGUGAGGCCGCCCACUUCUUCUCCACCAUGGGCUUCUUCAACCUCAUCUUCAUCUCCUGUGUGCCUCUCAUCCUCUACUUCACCAGAGUGGAGCACUGGGGCUCCCUCUCCUCGCUGCCCUGGGGCUAUCUGUGUGGGGUGGCCGGACUGUGGCUGGUAUUCAACAUCCUGGUUAACUUGGGAGUGGUACUCACAUAUCCCAUCCUGAUAUCCAUUGGGACCUUACUCAGUGUACCAGGAAAUGCAGCCAUUGAUGUGCUGAAGCACGAGGUGAUCUUCAGCGUGGUACGUCUGGCCGCCACCUGCAUCAUCUGUGUGGGAUUUCUGCUCAUGCUCCUGCCAGAGGAAUGGGACACGGUCACGCUGCGUUUUCUGGCCACUCUCGCAGACAAGAAGUCCGAGGAGCACGGUGAGGAGCUGACCGAAUCCAGCAUCCACACGCGGAGCCGUAGCCGGGCCAACGGCACCGUGUCCAUCCCGAUGGCAUGA